AUGGUCGAUAGUGGUGUCCCCCAGGGUUCAGUACUGGGACCCAGUUUGUUCCUUAUCUACGUGGACGAUGCCGCAAGAGAUUUAGACUGUGAAGUAGCAAUGUUUGUGGAUGACAUGAAGAUAUGGAGUGUAAUUCGGGGUCCUGCCGAUGAAGACAGACUGCAGUUGAACCUGAAUCGGUUGGAGGAGUGGUCAAACCGUUGGCUCCUGCGGUUCAACGUUGCCAAAUGUAACAUUCUUCGCCUAGGCAACACAGCCAGAUCCGCCAGCACACGAGGCUACUUUCUGGGCGGUGCAGCCCUACAAGAGGUCGAAGCCCAAAAGGACCUCGGUGUGCUUACGACGAGUUCCCUAAAACCAUCCGCCCACUGUCCGAGGGUGGCAAAAACCGCAAUGUCCGUACUGUACGCCAUCAAGCGUGCGUUUAUGGACUUUGACGAAGAAGCUUUCUCUAAGACAUUCGGAACAUUCGUCCGGCCGCAUUUAGAGUACGGCAUACAAGCUUGGAGGCCUUGGGCUGUUGUGGAUCAAAACUGCAUCGAAAGGGUCCAGAGGAGAGCCACGAAGAUGGUCAGGCGUCAAAGCUCCUUUCCUUAUGCAACCCGCCUAGUAAAUUUGAACCUCUUUCCUUUGAGUUACAGGCAACUUCGCGGAGAUCUCUUGCAAGCCUUCCGCAUUGUAAAGGGGUUGGAUUGCAGUCCGGCCUUCGAGGACUUUUUUGAAUUUGCUACCACGACCAACCUCCGAGGUCACCCGUUAAAACUGCGCAAUCAGCAGGCACGGCUGGAUGUGCGGAAGUUCUCCUUCUCGGUUCGGGUGGUCAAGCCAUGGAAUGAGCUUCCCGCAGAUGUUGUGAUGUCACCAUCUAUACAAAGUUUUAAGAAGAAUCUGGACAUAUUUAUGUUCCGAAAUGACCAAGAGCGAUGA